CCUCUAUCCUUUUCCCCCUUGAGCAUGAGCAUUAGGGAUUCCAUCCGUGGCGCCGAGCCCUGGCCUCCAAUCUUUCGUCGACCCCCCUGCUCUGCUGCUCAGGUGCUCAUUGCCUAGCGCCGCCGACCUUGUCGCGCAGUUCUUCCUCUCCUGUUUUGCUGCUACCGUGAGCGCCGCAGGGGGAGGGUUGGAUCGGUGAGGAUGGCCCACGCCAGGAUACGGGGCGGAAAACGCAACAACAAGUCCAACUCUACUAAAACGAGGAGGAAGAAGAUUUCAAAGAAGCAACCUCCGCGGAAAGAGCUGGUGUGGAAACUUGGGAUGACUCGGUUUAGUAUUAUGGCCUGCCCAAAGUCCCCAGAGCAAAAUAUUUGCUACAUCUGCGGAGACGACCACCACAUGGAGCACUUCUGCCCUUACAACUACAUCUUUGGGCGAUAUUUCAGUUAUACCUGCAGAGGACAAUCCCCUCUUGGAGAACACAGGAUUACCUCCAGGGGUCCUCGCAAGUUCCUGCGUCGUUUCAUACGCGUGAGCAACCUGCCGCCGGGCUUCAGGUUGUGGGACCUCGAGGGUCUCUUCAGCCCGUUCGGGCCGCUGUUGAUGUGGGACGUUCCCAGAUUCCCCGGUGAUAUGUGUGGCUGCAAAACUAUAAACCGCAUGAGCUUCGGCUAUGUGGUAUUCAAGAAACGCGAGGAUGGGGAGAGGGCCAUCAACGAGCUCAAUGGCUAUGAGGCUCUGGGACACAAACUGAGAGUUGACUGGGUUUACCCUUCUUGUGUGUAACUGAAGAUCAACCAUUUUCGUGCUAAUGAGUAGCAAGACAUUUGACAUUGUCUGUUCCCCCAGUGAAAAUUUUGCAGGAAGUAGUUAGCGCGAGUCAUAUUAAGUGUCCCUGAUGUAAAGCGACUGGUGUCUCUGUGAACAUGUUGGUGUCUCAUAAUGCUGUCAAAUGGUUGCAACUUCUGAGUUUGUUCUUUAGAGAUUCA